AUGUAUGUUCGGGGUGAAAGAUGCCUAAGAUACUCAAUUUAUCAACUUCGUCAAAUGAUCAUUCCAUAUCAAGAUCCAUGGUUUCAGUACUACUACUCAGUUCUGGCUCAGGAUGCAAUCGAAAAUGAUAUGAUCGAUGGUAGACCUUCAUACCCGAUGGGUGGAAACCCGCCUCUGCCAGAGGCUUCAAUGCAUGGAACUCUUCCGUGGAUUAUGCCAGAGCCAGUCGAACGGACACUGAGGAAAAUCGACGAGUGGAGGAGGAGAAAAGAUCAAGAAGAAGCCGUAGGAGAUAUGAUGUUGAACACCACUCAAAUCGACUCAACUUCCUCACACUCCUCCGGUUCUAUAUCUCCAUCAAGAUUUCAGAAGACAAAAGCUUCAAGUUCCAGAAAAGUUUCUCAUGUUAGGAAAGCGAUCAACGAAACCGUUCACGAAUACCGAGAGGAGGAGAAGAGCUUAUAUGAAAUCACAUCAACUGAAUAUUCUGACGAUACACAUGUGCUUCAAUGUGAUCCCGAAAUUAAAGAAUCAAAGUUGAUAUUGAAGAAUAUCAGCAAAAAAAUCAACAUUGCAUAUUCAAUUGAAUGGAGAAGAGUCGCCUCCGCUUACCGUGAAGCUUUGCAAUUAGACAUUCCCUGUACUAGUAGUCAUGAUUCCCUCAAGAAAUAUUUUCAACACCUCAAGGAAUUGAAAAUCAUGUAUGACUCAUGGGGUGAAUGGUACCAUAUCAUAUGGUAUGAUGAGGCUUUGCGUCGCGAGUUUUUUAACAGCCCUCAUUUGCCAUUCGAUGAUUUUGACUCAAGUGAGCUUCUAUAUAUCAAGAACUGGAAACCAGGUCACCCUAUUAACGCGAGAGCGAGAACAUCAAGUUUAGUACAACAGAGUAAAUUGAAAUACACUCCACCAUCAAAGAGAAUUCGUCAAGUAUAA